CCCCCCGCCCCCAGGGGGCUGGCAGGAGCUCAGCUGGGGACCCUGUCCUGGCUUAGGCAGCUGCUGUGGGCGGGCCCCUGGCCUUUCCAGCCCCUGGGCCUCCCCCUGCAUUCUAGAGCCCAGAGCCGCUGCCUUUGGCUCCGCUGCUCCUGCUGGACUAACACCUCUCCUUCUCAGCCUCUGGCCACUCACUGCUCCCCCGCCCUCCACCCAGCAGCUCCUUUCACCUGGCCAUGACCCCUGUCCCCCUAGGGACCCUGGCUCAGCCCUGAGCCCUGGAACCUCCAGCCCCCUCCCCUGGGCCAUGGCCAACUCAGGCCUCCAGCUCCUGGGCUACUUCCUGGCCCUGGGUGGCUGGGUGGGCAUCAUCGCCAGCACCGCCCUCCCGCAGUGGAAGCAGUCCUCCUACGCGGGUGACGCCAUCAUCACGGCCGUGGGCCUCUACGAAGGGCUCUGGAUGUCCUGCGCCUCCCAGAGCACCGGGCAGGUGCAGUGCAAGCUCUAUGACUCCCUGCUCGCCCUGGAAGGUCACAUCCAGUCAGCGCGGGCCCUGAUGGUGGUGGCCGUGCUUCUGGGCUUUGUGGCCAUGGUCCUCAGUGUGGUCGGCAUGAAGUGCACUCGGGUUGGAGACAGCAACCCCAUCGCCAAGGGCCGCAUCGCCAUCUCUGGGGGUGUCCUCUUCCUCCUGGCAGGCCUCUGCACCUUGACAGCCGUCUCGUGGUAUGCUACCCUAGUGACCCAGGAGUUCUUCAACCCCAGCACACCAGUCAAUGCCAGGUACGAGUUUGGCUCAGCCCUAUUCGUGGGCUGGGCAUCCGCCGGCCUGGCCAUGCUGGGGGGCUCCUUCCUGUGCUGCACGUGCCCGGAGCCUGAGAGGUCCAGCAGCAGCCCACAGCCUUACCGGCCCGGCCCCUCCGCUGCAGCCCGAGAACCAGUUGUUAAGUUGUCUGCCUCCGCCAAGGGCCCCCUGGGUGUGUAAUGUCCGGGUUCCCACCUGACUCUGUCCCCCUGCCACACCUAGACCGUGUGUUCGGUAUUUUUUGGAAAGAGAAGUGAACAUCAGCCCCGAGUGUGGUGUCAUUUGAUGUG